GCUGAAGCACUUUUUGUUGUGCUGGAUCAUGCAGCCGAACUUUCAAGGGCUAGAUGUCACAUUACAAGUCAAACUCAAUUCAUACACUUUCAAAAAUCCAGGACAUGGAUUUAGUGUCGUGAAGAUUGUUGAGCCUGAAGGGGUACAUCAGCUACGCACUAUAACGCCUAAACCUGGUCAGCACUCUAAGGAAGGAAAUAAGUCUUCACCUUCACCCAUCAUUGUCGUGGGACAACAAUCUACCGGAGAAUCCAUUCUGGAUACCACAAUUGUAGCUGGGCAUGUACAGGAAGGAGAUGGUAGCCUUGAUGGUGGUGUUUGUAUGCCUCUGAAGAGGAAGUUAAGUGAGGAGGAGUAGGUUGCAUCAGUCAUAUGUAUGGAAUAGCUUAUAGCUAUUAUUAAUUUUCUUUAUUUUAAGUUUUAUGUUGUGGAUGACCCAUCUUUGCCAC